AUGAUUAAGAACUUGAGCAAUAUGAAGAAUUACAAUCAGAAACGUGAGAGAUGUUCAGAGUACAUCGAAGCUCUUGAAGAAGAACGCCGCAAGAUCAAUGUCUUCCAACGCGAGCUUCCUCUUUGCUUAGAGCUUGUCACUCAAGCGAUCGAGGCAUAUAAGAAGGAGAUAUCAGGGACGACAACAGAGAACUUGUAUGGACAAUCGGAGUGCUCGGAGCAGACCACCGGAGAAUGUGGGCCCGUUUUGGAUCUGUUCAUACCAAUCAAACACUCUUCUACCUCUACAGAAGAGGAAGAAGAGGAGGUUGAUGAAGAUGAUGAUGAUGAACACGAAUUUCAUGAAGAUAUAGAUUUCAAUGACAAGAACAUGAAAUCUGAAUGGCUCAAGUCUGUUCAGCUCUGGAACCAACCUGACGCUGUUCUUUCUAAUAAGUUGGAACGUUUAGAAAAGGAGACAGAAACAAUCGUGGAGGUAAUCAAAGGAAAAGACGGAGGAGUGUCUCAACAACCGCCGUGUUAUGAAACGAGCAACGGGAAAUACGGCGAAGGAAGCGACGGCGAGAAGAAGGAUCAGCCGCAGAAAGACGAUGGCGGCGGCGGAAGAGGGCAGAGAAAGCAGAGGCGUUGUUGGUCGCAGGAGUUGCACAGACGAUUCUUGAACGCUCUUAAACAGCUUGGUGGUCCUCAUGUAGCUACACCAAAACAGAUAAGAGAGCUAAUGAAGAUUGAUGGAUUGACCAACGAUGAAGUCAAAAGUCAUUUACAGAAAUACAGACUGCAUACAAGACGGCCAAGCCAAACAACUCCUAACAACAGAAACUCUCAAACGCAACAUUUUGUGGUCGUCGGAGGACUAUGGGUCCCACAGGCUGCGGCUAACCACUCUACGGCCAACGCCGUCGUAUCAGCUGAGACCACCACCGGGAUUUACGGUCCUAUGGUCAGUCCGUUGCCGUGCCAUUCAAAUUUUGAUCGGACAAUUUCGGACAAAAAAUCUAACAAAGGAAUGGUUCGGUGUACCUCACCAGCAAUGUCUUCUUCUACUCGUGCAAACACUAAAUAUGCAAAAAUAUCAUAA